AUGGCUCGAGGAGUCCAAACAGUCGAAGCUCCUGAUAAUCUCUCUAUCCCAGCUGGUACAACGAUGGAAGCCCAAUCGGAAGACGAGGAUGAAGAGGAACCUGAAGGAAAGUCCAAGAACAGUCGCAUCUAUUGGAUUGUCUUCCUUAUUCUUGUACUUGUCGGAGGGGGCGCUGGAGCUGCCGUAGCACUUGGUGGUUCUUCAGAUGCAGCUCCAGAACCUGGAAUAACUGCUACUGAUCUUGGCGUCAACGCCACUACUGGGGAUCCAGAUGGUCCCAUGGUCAGCACUGGUGCCCCUUCUGACAGUCCAUCCGAAAGUCCCACAGUUGGAUUCCGAUUCGAACCACCCAAACCAGAUGACUGUGCAGCAAUGGCGGAAGGAAUUACUGUUUCAGAUCAAAGCGAUUUGACUCCAAGGAAUUAUACAGUGACUUUGUCCGUUGUCAUGAACAAUGACGACAGUGUUGCCACUUUGGAAUCCAGAUUGCAAAAAGGUCUGCAAGAAGUAUUGAUCCCCAAGCUGGCUGGCUGUGACAGUAUCAAUCGCCGCAGAUUGAACAUCGAUCCAUUUGCGAUCGGAAAUGGUCGCGCUGAUGUCACAUGCGUUGCUACCGCCUGCGCCGAUUCCUCGACGAUUGGAAGUUGCUACAAUUGUCUCAUGAUACUUGGUGUGGACUUGAAGGACGAUAGCAUCAAUAAUCUUGAUCUAUUUGGAAAGAUUGGGACAGAGUUGGACAGCGAUACCUUGAUCUCGGACUUGGGUGUCGAUGAUCUUGUUGGCGAACUGACCGCUUCGGGGAUUGUUGCAGGCACACCAACCGUCCCUCCGAGUGCGGCACCCUCGGCAAUGCCCAGUCUAGAAUGCUCUGGACAGCCAUCUUCUCAACCAACUGGCAUGCCUACCAGCAAGCCGACCGUAAUGCCAGUGGUUGCACCCACGGCUACUCCCACCAUCGCACCAACCACUUCGCCUCCUACCAAGCAACCGACUCCAGGACCCACCAGUUCUCCAACACCAUCACCUACUCCCGGUCCCACACAGCCGCCAACACCUUCUCCAACUCCUCCACCAACCCAGCUUCCUACUCCUGGUCCAACACCGCCACCAACACCCCCUCCUACUCCUCCACCAACAGUGAAUUGCCCAUCCGUCCAAAGUCUUUUCGAGGGAUUAGCAUUUCAGACCCAAAACUCUCACACAACUUCAAUCGAUUACAGUCUGGGAUGUAGUACAUAUGUCAUUCCUAUCUAUGCUCUCAUUGUGGGGACAGAUGGUUGUCAUACAUGCGCUGGUGUCCUGCUUCCCGAGCAGUUCUAUGAUGCCUGUGCCUAUGGAUCCAAUGGUACUCCUGUUACCUUUCAACUCGAGAAUGGCGCUGCAGAAGGACAAACAGUCUAUUACGGCUAUACCAGUGAAUUCGGCGAGUCCACCGUUCUCCAAUCUUGCCAGUCACUAAUGACUUAUACUGGUCCUGCCAAUACGGAUGACUAUACAGAUGACUUUACCGAUGAUUCCAUUGGCGGCAGCGGCUUUUUUAAAAAUGAAGAAGGAUGA